UAUCUAACCUAAUCCUGAGGCUAUGCUACAUACCAGUGCCAUCACGGCCAAGUUGUUGGAAUGAAAGGGAGGGGAGAAGGCACUAUCGUACUCAAGCCUAAAUCUGUAAGGUUAAAGAUACAAAUAUUUUUGCGACACGUGCCUUGCUCAAAGGAUGGUGAGAUGCAUGAUUGGAAUACUUUUUAAGACUAACAACACUUUGCUUCACGUGUUAUGGCAUCAUCUGACACUUAUAGAAAACUUAAUAGUUCGUCAUUGUAUAGUGAACAGAACACGUAUGCCAGUCAAUGUGCAGGCACAGUGGGAAAAUGCCUUACGAUAUGCAGUACAAAAAUUUCAUGUUAGGAUUGGUCACAAACUUCAUAAUUUCGAAGCACAACACACAGCAGCAGAAUUGAAACCAGUGUGAUUGAUCAACUUCAGGCAUUUGACAUCAGCACUUACAGUGAUGUGAUACUAUCCCACCAUGAGUUAACAAUUUAGGCCUAUGUAUUAUUCUAAAGAAUGACCAACAGUCAUCACAAUAAAUUCAUAAACAGUCACAGUGUUGUAAAACCCUUAUUCAAGCAGACAUAGAAUUUCUACAAAUCAUUUUUAAUGCAUAAAGGGAACGUUAUUGUUACACUAAGAGAGAGAUAUAUGUAAUGGUGGGUGAAAGGGAAAAGGCCUUCAGCUGGCUGGCCCAUUGUACAUCAAAUCGUCAAACUCAAAAGUUAUAUCCUACAUCAUUUUUGACAUGAGCUUGCACUUUUACUUUGAUAAUAGUAUCACAUGGAAAAGAAAGGUUUCACAACUACUAAUCACAUUAAAAUUUGCACAAAAUUACAUUCUACUGCCUUUGUUGUUGUGGUGAUAUUAUGAUCCACAAUGAGGUCAAACAACGAUGCUAUGAUUUUAGAUCAUGAUCCAGUGGCAGUAUAUUAAAAAUCCAAAUGGUGGAUGAAACAUUCAAAACAUGUGUGACCAACACUAGAAGGGGAGAUUGUCAGUACAAUUCCUGAUAACUAGCCUAUGCACCUUUGUCUUGAUUGAAUCUAAUACUUUCAAGUGUAUGAGUGAGAGUAAGUAAUUUACUUAAGGGUAAACUAUCUAUCCACCUAUCCCGUCAGUGCUAUGCGACUUCAUUUCUGUAAUCUUACUCAUGAAUCAGACCAGACCAGUAAAUUUUUGGAUUCAGUUCAAACGUGCCAAAAAAAAUAAAUGGCACACUUUUUAAAUAAAAUAGAUAUUCUGCUGUGAGACUGGAAGGGGCAUCAUUCUCUAUUAUAAAAAGCAGUCAACGGAUGCAGUCAAGUUACCAUAUAUUUUAAUAUCUAAAGGAAGAUUGGGGUUUAAUAUCCCAGCAUAACCAUUGUCAAGGAAGAAAAUCUAGUGUAUCCUUGGCAAAAAAAAACUCAGCGUUCCUCUCAAUCAGUUUAGAAAAAUCUAAAUAUGGACAGCUGGGCAGAAAUUUAAAACCAACUGCUCUUCAGCACAAGUUUAUUGGACAAAUUCUUGUGCCAUCAGAUAUAAUGUGAUAAUAUUUGCACUAAAGUAGUGUUGCAUUCACGAUAAGGCCUGGGAAAGCUGUUUCUUCCAUCACUCGUGAUCAAACUAGAACAUGUCUCGUAAGUGCAGUGAUGUACUAAUAUUUUAAGACUACAUCAGAGUGCAUUAUACUGAAAAAAACUCUAUUAGCGUAUCUGAAUCAUAUUUACAUGAAUAUGAAAAUUCUGGAAUCCCAACAUACCAAUCUACACAAAGCAAUCACUCAUAGACUUGAUAUAAGCUAUCAUAUUAAGUGGAACUUUUUGGAGCAGAAAUAUGAAAGUAGUUCCAAGAUUUUAAUAAAUUAGUUUAACUGUCACUGUCUUACGAAACAAAUUCACAUAGAAGCUGUAGUUACAUUUUUUACAACUGUUUGAUUAGAAUAAUCUUUCAAAUCAUCCCAGACUUCCCUACAAUCCCUUAAAAACUAGUUACCAAAAUCAUUGUAGCUCAGACACCUUGAUUUCACAUCAACAUAAGUCGUGCGACUAUAAAUCUUAAUCCUCCUCAUAAAUCUUGCUCCUCCUCAUGAGUGUAAUGAACACUAAUCACACAUUCACCUAAAAAUUUAAGUCCUUCUUAUGUACAACUCGAAUUUACGUGUACAGCACCGAAAUUCAACACUGUGUAGAGACUUUGCAACCAUAUUACACAAGCAUCCUUUCACGCAUGAAAUUCACAUCUUUGGCACUUUGGACGUACUUCACGAACAUCUGGUUUUUAUGUUUUGUUUACGAUCCUAGAAUAACAAUAAUUCGUAAACAAAAUGUUGUAAUUGAGUGGUAUUAACGUCUCAGUGAGUUUUCGGCAUUGGAGUACAUGACACUGACAAAGCUACAGAUAUUAUUAAAUAAUUAUAUAAAAGAAUGAUUGUAUCAUUCAUUGUGUCAAAGCGGCACGCCGUUUGUGGUAGGCACUUGUCACUGUAGUUGUUUAAUUGCAGAACGCUGUUUCUGGUAGCGUUGGCUGUUCGCGGCAGCAGACAUACCCCCCAUUGCGAUGUUAAGACUAAUUAAAAAUUGGUCAAACUUUGUGCUUACUUUUGUAUUUCCUGAGCACUUGAGACGAAAUGCCAUUUCUUUAAAUUACAGGAGUUGCUUUCCUACAUAAAAAACUCAAACAUGUUUGUGUUGAGACGGAAUUUAAUGUUCAAGGAAGGGGGACGCAGCACGGACCAACACUUCGACCAAUAGUAGAAGCGCUAGAGAGGGGGGAAUGCGUAUUGAUGUCAUGAAGAGUACUUUGAAGCAAUUGAGUGCUUUUUUUCUAACAUCUUUACAGAUUGCUUUAAAUUUUGUAUAAAGUAUUUCAUACAAUUCUUAGUAUAAUAUUUACGUUCAUUGUUUACUUCAUAUCUAUUUAUUUGCCGGGUAAAAUUUAUUUUUAUCAUUCUCCUCACACGUGCAGUAAAUGUUGUGUUUGAGUAGUAGCUCCAGGCCUUGGCCGGUCAUUUCUUGUAGACGAAUGUUCGCUAGCUGUUGCAGAAAGCACUACGUUGCAUUCCGCCAUUGUUGUAGGGUAUUUUUCGUCAUUGUGAAAUACAUGUCUUCAGAUUUUUCGUGAGAAAUAAAGUGAGCUUUGGUACUUGGAAUAACGAGCUGUACGAUCAAUGCUCUGAGAUUAGAAUCUUGGAGCCGACCCGGAAUGGAAUUCGCCGGUGGUAGAAGAUUCUUUCACUUACAUGUGUCCAGUGUAAAAAGUGCUAUUGGAAUGAGCGCGUGUGUUAAAUAUGUAACGUGUGACAUGUAACGCUACCACGAGAUAAUUUUCCCUAGGCCUUAUGCACUUUUUUUUCAGGUUUGUGUUUGUUUUUGAAGUUUGCGAAAUAACUUGGGAGUUUUGUUCAUGUAUAAAUUACCUUUAAAUUGUGAUAAAAAGAUAACGAUACCGGCACACGUUUUAAGAACAUUUUCGAUGAAUGUGACCCCAUGGAUGAAUGGGUGUAAGAUUCGCCUCCCUGAGGCAUUCGGAUGUUGUCAUGGCACCAGCUCUGACAGAAGCUGGCCAGUCACAGAACUUCAAAUUGCCGUCAGCACACACUUCCCCUUCGUCUCCAAUUGGAGUAUCAUAUAAUGGACACAAACAUGUUUCAGCAUCUCCGUUCUUGUCAGAUGACGAUGUAUACAAAGUAACUACUUCUAACAAAACAACUAAGAAUAAGAAGUUUCCUAACUGCGCGAAUGGAUUCAGAAGCGGUUUUCUGAAAUACUCAGCAGAUGCAGGUUCUCUAGCAUAUGAUAAUUUGAAAACGUUGGCAAUUGCUUCUGAGUUGUUGAAUAAACGUACAGAUUUAUCAGAAGGCAUUCUGAAAGUCUCAGAAGGAGAGAGUGGUGGGAUAGAGCAUCUUAGAAUGAAUUAUAGCGACCCAUCUAUGGGGGACAACAAAGGUAAAAUGGGUUUGCAGAAGAGCAGUACAGCAAUACGGUCUUUGGAGAGUGGGAGAUUAAAUAGAGUUGAAAGUGAUGCAAAUAAAGUAGAUAAUCAAAUAAAAAUCUUUAAUCCAACAGUGACACGGAAUUCAAAAAAGAAUGAAAUCGUCAACUGCACCUCCCUGACUAAAAGAAACAGUCUUCCCCCAACAACCAGUGUAUCAAAAAGUUCAGGUGCGAUGGUUAAUUCUAGGCGUAAGACUAGUACGGAAGUGUUAGGGUCUAACAACGACAAUGCAAAAGCUAGUUUCGAAACGCCGCGUGGCGCAGACGAAACUUUUGAACACGAAUUUUUGAGUAACGUAAUGGACUUGUGUGUCGAUGACACAAAAGGGUUCACUUCUGACGAUAGAGCAGGUGUUACUAAGGAAACAGUUGAAGCUUUACGUAAGAAGCAGCAUGAAGUAGAACGAAGAUGUGAUUUCUUGGCUAGGCGAAUAAGAAUGUUUCAAGCAAAAAUAAUGGUCUCGUGUGCUGAACGUCAAGUGAACAACUUUAUUGCGUAUUCGUAUGAAAAUAUGAAACAAAACUCCCAUAAAGACUUAGGCAGUGGAGAGUGUAGUUCAGCUGCUGUUACGCCAAGUGAAUGUGAUAGUGCGUGCGCAUCAGUUGCUUCAAACGACAGGCAGAGUGCUUCGCUAAAGGCAGCAUCUACGUUUUACAAGAGCUAUGAUAUCAAUCAAGUUACAACUUCCACCAGCCGACAAGGAAGCCGAAAAUACAGUGGUAUCAGUGCGGAGUGUACUACUACUUCAGCUACCGUCGUUAGUGGCCCUCAACUUAGGUUGAGUCCGGAUGUGGUAAAAGAACUGGAUAGUGUGUCUGGUCAGUUACAUACCCAGCUCAAGUUUGUGCAGAAUGAAUUAGAUUCGGACGUCACUGCAAGCAGUUCUGGAGGAGAGAGUUGUGAUGAAUUCCUGACGAACGAAGACAGUAACCAGCACACCUUACCGAUAGAGAAACGCGCGGCUUGGCGCUGGGCGCAACAUCGCGCGAGGAUAGCCAGUCGGUGGACGUGGCUGCAGGCGCAGAUCUCUGACCUGGAGUACCGCAUCCGCCAGCACAAUGACAUCCACAGGCAGAUCCGCCUGACUAAAGACCCCAUGGUGCUGGCUGACGUGCCGUUCUGCGCGGCGGGCGGUGCGGGUCCGCCGCUCGUCGUGAACGGGUACCACGGAGGCGGCAGCGGUGCCGGUGCCGGCGCGGGCGCGGGCAGUGCGUCACUGGCGUCGCAGGGCAAGUCGGAGGAGCAGUGCUGCGCCCGCGUGAGGCCGCUGGCGCGCCAGCCGCAGCUGCCGAAGCGCAAGCUGCUGCACGUGCAGGGCCUGCACGCGGCCAGCAAGCGCGCCUCGCGGCCCGCCACGGUGCGCUGCGCCUGCCGCCCGCCUGCCACGGUGUGCGCGCUCUGCACCGGCCGGCCGGACCCCACGCAGCCACGGCCGCUGCACGCCCACCUUCCGGCCGCCGAGCGCGCCGCCGCACUCGACCCCGCCUUCCACCCCGUGCUGUCCAUGCCGCAGGAUGUUAAAGAGAGCAUCUAUUAUGAAGGUAUCAUGAAAACCACUGAAUGGCAGCAGAAGACAUUACGAAGCAGUUUAAAAUCCAUGAGAGCUGCUGGUCUUCCGAAGUUUGACAGAGAUACAGUUGUAGAACGAAGAAACAAAAAACAUCAAGUUGAACCAAGAAGAAAGUAUACAAGCAGGCUGAAGAAAACCAUGACAAAUACCUUGACAGCAAAAAUCAAGAAAAAAUUGACAAAGAGUCGUAAACAAAAAAACACAGACAACAAUAACCAUACACUGCAGAGGAUAAAAAGGAGGAGGAGAGAUGGACCAAAGUCAGGAAAUUCAUCAUACCAUGGGUACGAGGAUGGAGAUGACGAUGUCCCUGAUUCAGGUGCCUCUGUCAGUAAACAUGCUUCUCCAGUGCCAUCCCCAGGCCCAGCAUCUUGUUCCUUGGAAAGGCUGACUUCACAAGGUUCUUGCAAAGUAUCUGGAGAGUCAUCAAGGCGUAAAAGAGAGAACUCAUAUGACAUUGACAAUAUUGUAAUACCAUACAGUAUUGCUUCUGCUGCACGCCUUGAGAAACUCCAGUAUAAGGAAAUACCCACGCCCAAGUGGAGGCUAAUUGAAAAUAAUUUUGUGGGGAGAUCGAGGUUAAGUUUGAGGAAUAAUGGUGUUAUCAGAAGGUCUAGUCAUGAAAGUGAUGUGGAGGAUAUUAGUGAUGAAACAAUAGCUUUAAGGCAUGAUAGGUGUGAAAUGGAAGAGAAAAAGAAAUUCAUGAGCUAUAUUAAAUUGCCAUAUUCUGGACGCAGUAGAGCUGCUAGGAGGACAGACAGUAGGGCAGAGAGUAGUGGUGCAAAUACUCCAGAUCCAAUGUCACCGAAUCCUUCGGAAUAUCAGGAUGGCAUAUCUCCUGUUAUGUCACCUCUCCCACCAUCAUCUGAUCCAGACCAGUAUUGUGGCUCUGGCACACGCAGGCGUACUGUUUCCUCAUCACGAUGGCACCGUGAUGAGAUGAGAAGUUCUACACCAGAUGGUGUAACUGAAGUUCCUCCUUAUGAACCAAGAAAAUUUCCUCUCAGUGACGAUAUGUAUGAGAAGAUGUUAAAAUGUAUGCCGGAGGGCCAUCCAUAUCCUCCUCCAUCUCAAGAACCAAAGAAGCUCUUAGCCAAAGAUAUUGAAUUUGGUGAAAGCAGACCAGUAUCUCCUAGUACAGAUUCAACAGAGUCUGCAAUUGGGGAAGGUGAAGAUCCAAAUGAUCCAGAAUGGACAGUUGAAGAAGAGAGAGAAUUUGAACGUGACAGGGUUAAAUCUUCUGUGAAGAGAUAAUUAUUAAUAUAACUUGGCUGAAAAAAUUGGUGUAAUUGUUUUUCAGCAUUUAUGCUGAUGUGUAGGCUGAUUGUUGGAGAUUUUGUUAGAAAAAUCUUCGGAUAAUUGCUAAAUAGCUUACACAGCUGUUUGUCUGCAUUUUCCAGCAGAGUAAUAGCUUCAUAAAGCUGGAGCAGUGCUGUAGCCUCCAUCUUAGAUUACCUCAAACAACUGUCAGAUAAUGGAGUGUGAUGAUUCAGGAGAAAUAUUAAUAGAGAAAAAUGUUGUAAAACUCUUUAAGUGCACUAUGUGUGAUGUAAAUUCCUUGCUUAAAUGGCCUGCUCCAUUGGCAUCAAAGAUAAAAAAUGUGAGCAUCAAAUUGCAGCUUCUUGUUAUACAUUAGUUAUUUGUGUAAUUAUUAAAUUUGAUGUGCAAAAAUAUGAAAGAGAAAAUUAAUGAUCAUAUAGACUUAGUCAUUACUCUGAGUAUGCUCAAUGGUAAUAGAUAAUUCAAAAAAAUUCAAUGUUCAUUUAUAUUGUCAGUGGUCAUUAAGAAAAGAAACUGUCACCCUUUUCUAAGAAGUUAUGUUUGUCAUCCAAAUCCAUAGUUACAGUAUAUUCAUCUGUCUUAAACAUUCAUUUACCUUUAAAAGAAUUGCAUAAUCCCAUUCAUAGAAAUAGGGAGGAACAAAUUAACACACAUUUUUAAGUUGCUAAAUAUGUUAAAGAUCCACCAAAUAUUUACACUUCUUUGGAGAAAGUGAUUUUUAGCUUCAGUUCUGAAAAGGAGUAUUAGUUUACAUAAUGUGACAGUUCUGAAAAGUUACUUCAUAUAGCAAAUCCAGUGCUCACAUAUGUGAUUGUUGAUGCAGCAGACCACCUUUAUAUCUAGAAAUUGAUGUAUGUACUCUUUAUAAGAGCGUAUUCUAUAUAUCUCGCAUGCUUGAUAUGUAUACUGCAAGCUGACCAUUCCAUGGUAGUGUGAGCAGGUCCCUCUCCCCUCCUUCCCACCCUUCCCCUCAUGUAUGAAUAGUUACUGAUGUAGAUUUUGCAGGGCAUAAGAUAAAACUUGCGAGACUGAUUACAUAGGUUGGAAAUUAAUUAGAAAGGGAUACUUAUAACUCAAAAAAGUGUGUGUUUCACCACAAACUAAGAAAAUUAAUGCCAAAUUAAUUACAGAUUUUUCAUAUCUGAUAGAGUGUAUCAUUGUUAUUUUGUAUGUAUGCUCUAGCACUAAUACGCUUACAGAAAGGCAGCAGUUUAGAUCUUUAAAUAUACUAUUAUUCUAUGUUCUUGAAUUUUUCUUCCUUUCUUACUGCAGUAAAUGACCCCCCCCCCAAUAAUGAAAGUCCCUGUGCUCCUGGAAGGCUUAUUUGUUCCCUACAAAGUAAAGUGCAUGAUCCUGGUAGUUGAUACUGACUGUCCUUAAAAGAUUACUUUUUCAUAAUUUUUUUAUAAGUACCAAUUCAUUGAAAAGUACCUCAGUCAGAUACCUUUGGCAAAUAUCUAGUCCUUGAAUGCAGAUAUUGUCCUUGAUGAGAGUAGCAGUGGUUACAAAUCUGCACUGUGGUGUACCAGAUAUUCUUCUGUUGAUAUAAGAUUGUAAAUGAAAUCAAAAUUUUGUGGUUAAUUUGAUGAAGAAAGAAGUUUUGAAGUGCAUGCUUAUUUGACAAUUUGUCGUUCUCCUUCGAAAGUGAAAUUAAUUUUAUGUAUAUUGGAGUGUAACUCUGUAUGCCCUUAAAGUUUCUUUUUUUACAUCAUUGUACCUUCUUUGUCUUAAAGCUUAAAUUAGUAUAGCAUUGAAACUGUCAUUUCAAAUUACAGUAUUACUCAUUUAACGGAAGUUACUUGUAAUCUCAAUUAUAAUACAACAAGAAAUAUCAUCUUGCCCUGUAAAAUUUUGUUGCAGUGUUCAUAGUGGGGUGAAGAAUUUUAAAAUCAAGUAUUUGUUUUAGAAUAACUUGAAAUAUUUUAUGUGAUUUAUGUACAUAGAUGAUUGUAAUUAAUUUUAUACAGUUCAACUCGAGAUGAGAAAUGGAAAUACAAAUUUUAAUGACUA